AUGUCCAUGUAUCCGGGCCAUCGAGGCAUGGGGGGUGUCCCCCCUGCCAACAGCGGCGCCAGCCGUCUGAACGAGCUUCUCGACCAAAUCCGCGCCGAGUUCGAGUCCCACAUUCGGCAAACGGAGACUUAUGAGCAUCAAAUCCAGGGCCAGGUCCAGGAGAUGCAGAUGAUCCGGGAGAAGGUUUAUCAGAUGGAACAGGCUCAGAUGGGCUUGAAGCAAAAAUACGAAGAGGAGGUCGCCAUUUUGCGCCGCCAGCUGGAGAGCCGUGGAGGCCCCGGCCCCAUGAACCCUCCUCCUCAGCAUGUCGCCCCUCCUCAGCCGCCGCCGCAGAUCGGCAACCCUAACGGCAACACCGUCAUCGGUGCCAUCCUCUCGGGCCAAGUCACACAGGGAGGCCUGGCUCCCCCUCCGCAUCCUCAGCAACAGGAGCAGCAGCCGCCCCCGCAUAUGCCCCCAGCCCAGCUUCAGGGUCCUCCCCCACCGCCGCCUCCGCCUCCGUCGCAGCAGCCUCCGUUCCAGCAACAGUAUCCGCAAGGGCCUGCGCCGGGCGGAUUCCCUGCCCAGCCUCCGCAGACUACAGCCUCGCCCGGUCCGGGUAAGCGGGCCAUUGGCCGCCCCCCGGCAGCCGGCCCUGCCACGCCCCAGAUCAACACUCCCGUGCCGUAUAACGGACCGGGUCAGUCGCCUCAGGUCCCGACCCACCCCACGCCCGACCAUGCGCGGAUGACCCAGCACCCUCCUCCUCCUCCCCCCUCUCACAGCAAUGCGCUCAGCGAGCUCGAUCCUGAGCGUCUCCCGAACCACAUUAAGAAGGUCCGGGAGGACUGGUGGGCCAUUUUCAACCAGUCGGUGCCGCGCGUCCUCGAUGUCGACCUCGUUCACACUCUCAAGCACGAGAGCGUCGUCUGCUGUGUGCGCUUCAGCCAUGACGGCAAGUACGUUGCGACGGGCUGCAACCGGUCCGCCCAGAUCUACGACGUCAGCACCGGCGAGAAGAUCUGCGUCCUCCAGGAUGAGAACAUUGAUAUGAAUGCCGACUUGUACAUCAGGAGCGUUUGCUUCAGCCCGGAUGGCAAGUACCUGGCUACUGGCGCCGAGGACAAGUUGAUCAGGGUCUGGGAUAUUGCUGCCAGGCAAAUCCGAACCACUUUCGCCGGCCACGACCAAGACAUCUACUCGCUCGACUUUGCCCGUGAUGGCCGCACCAUCGCAUCUGGAAGUGGUGACAGGACCGUGAGGAUCUGGGAUUUGGAAACAGGCAACUGCAACCUGACGCUCACCAUCGAGGACGGCGUCACCACGGUUGCCAUCUCCCCCGAUACCAAGCUUGUGGCUGCCGGGUCUCUGGAUAAGAGUGUGCGGGUUUGGGACGUCAAGAUGGGCUACCUCCUCGAGCGCCUCGAGGGCCCUGACGGACACAAGGACAGCGUUUAUAGUGUGGCGUUCUCGCCCAACGCCCGCGAGCUCGUCAGCGGCAGCUUGGACAAGACCAUCAAGAUGUGGGAGCUCACCACGUCGCGCCAAAUCGGCCACGGCCAGCAGCCCCCGCUCAAGGGCGGCCGUUGCAUCAAGACCUUUGAGGGUCACCGGGAUUUCGUGCUCAGUGUUGCGCUCACCCCCGAUUCGGAAUGGGUUCUCUCCGGCUCCAAGGACCGCGGCGUGCAGUUCUGGGAUCCCCGCACGGGUCACACCCAGCUCAUGCUGCAGGGCCACAAGAACUCGGUCAUCUCCGUCGCCCCCAGCCCCGUGCCCACCCCGAACGGCGGCUACUUCGCCACCGGCUCGGGCGAUUCCUGCGCCCGUAUCUGGUCGUACACGCGUCUUGACAGGAGGCAGUAG